AUCCUAAAGCCAAACAGAAAAAUUAUGUUUAGGAUGUCCCAACAUUCUUUCAUCAGCACAUUUCUGGAUAGUUGUCAGAGUUAAAUAUUAUUGAUUUUAAUAUUUUUUUUAUCCUACUUAGAUGGAAGAUGAGAGAAAAAGCUCCUAUACUGUUGAUGAAGCUCUUAUUGCUCUGGGAUUUGGAAAAUUCCAAGUCUUUGUUCUUAUCUAUGCCGGGAUUGGUUGGGUUUCUGAAGCCAUGGAAAUGAUGCUCCUCUCAUUUGUUGGAUCAGCUGUUCAAUCUGCUUGGGGUCUUUCUUCUCAUGAAGAGAGCUUGAUAACUAGCAUUGUUUUUGCUGGAAUGCUCGUUGGAGCUUACUCAUGGGGCAUUGUUUCAGAUAUCUAUGGAAGGAGGAAAGGAUUUCUUAUCACAGCAACCGUUACGGCUGGAGCUGGUUUUCUAAGCGCAUUUUCCCCAAAUCUUACUUCUCUGGUCAUUCUCCGUGGUUUAGUUGGUGUUGGCUUAGGAGGAGGUCCUGUGCUUUCUUCCUGGUUUCUGGAAUUUAUUCCAGCUCCAGAGAGAGGCACUUGGAUGGUUGUCUUUUCAGCUUUCUGGACUCUUGGAACAAUUCUUGAAGCUUCCAUUGCUUGGUUUGUUAUGCCAAGAUUGGGUUGGAGAUGGCUACUUGCAGUGUCUGCUCUUCCUUCAUCACUGUUGCUUUUAUUCUAUAAAAUGACACCAGAAUCACCCAGAUAUUUAUGCAUGAGGGGAAGAAAAAGUGAUGCCCUAGAUAUUUUGGAGAAAAUAGCUAGAGUAAAUGGGAGAAAACUUCCUUCGGGAGUCCUUGUUUCUGACAACCACCACAUUGAGCUAGAGGAGAAGUUAGAUUUUUCAGAAGAUACAAAGUUAAUAACAUCAGCAAGAGAAAAUGAUAUAGGUUCUGAGAAGAGUGGUGUCUCAUUGCUAAUGAUGCUUGUUUCACCGGAAUUGGUUAGAUCAACUUUACUUGUAUGGAUGGUUUUUUUUGGGAAUGCAUUCACUUAUUAUGGGCUCGUUCUGCUGACCACAGAGUUGAACAGCAAAAAUAACAGAUGUACAGCACCGGAAGAGUUGCCAUCCGGUAAUCACCAAGAUGUUAGUUACAAGGAUGUUUUUAUCACAAGUUUUGCAGAGUUUCCUGGACUUGUCCUAUCGGCUGCAACAGUUGACAAGUUUGGACGUAAGAAUUCGAUGGCAGCAAUGUUCUUGGUAUGUUUCAUAUUUCUGCUUCCGUUGGUAUUUCAUCAGCCUCAGAGCUUAACAACAGGGCUUCUGUUCGGGGCACGGAUAUGUAUAACGGGAACCUUCACAAUUCUAUAUAUAUAUGCUCCAGAGGUAUAUCCAACAUCAGUGAGGACAACAGGGGUUGGAGUGGCAAGCUCAGUGGGUAGAAUUGGUGGAAUGGUAUGCCCAGUUGUGGCGGUGAGCCUGAUUCAUGGAUGUCAUCAAACUAUAGCCAUAUUUUUAUUUGAGGCUAUUAUUUUCUUGUCUGGGAUAUGUGUUUGUCUUUUCCCAGUUGAAACCACUGGCCUUCAGUUAAGUUAACCAAUCAUUUUUCUUCUUCAAAGCCUCUUUGAAUACUAUCAUGGAUCAACCACCUUACAUAUUGUAAUGUGAUUUUUAUUUUUCAAUCAUAUUAUCUAAAACAACUGGUCUGGGUACAAUGAGUUGACGUUAUAUACAUGUAAUCUUAAAAUGACCCAA